GCUUAAUCUUAACCAUAAGUGAUGAUCAUUUUGGAGACGAGCUGCAGAGGUGAGCUUGCUUUCCGUGAAGCACAUUUUCAUUAACAGAUUUAUUUAUUUAUCCCACCGGCAGCUCGUCCCGACAGAGCAGCUGACACGCACCGGAACCAGAUUUAUUCCUCGUGUUGAACUUGACGUCGGCGCUGUGGAUGCAGGAGAGGCAGCCGUGGCUAUUUAAAGAGGGUCAUCCAGUCACGGAUAAAUAGCAGAGGGUCCACGGCGUUGACUAACCGCCUCUAAAUGGUUUUCCUCCCGCACUGUGUGUCUGCCCGUGGCUUCCCGCUGCUCAUCAGUCCAGAUUGAGGCCGAUUCCGCUGCUGUGUCAACCAGCCAUCCGUCGACCAGACAAUCCACCAGCUCCAAGGGCUCCUCUCCCAGCCUAUUUGUUUGUUUCUCAUUUACGGGAGUACGUGGAAAACAAAAUGGGCAAAGAUUACUAUAAAACGCUGGGGAUCACUAAAGGAGCCACGGACGAGGAUAUUAAGAAAGCUUACAGAAAACAGGCGCUGAAAUGGCACCCGGACAAAAACAAGUCUGCAGCCGCCGAGGAGAAAUUUAAGGAGAUCGCUGAGGCAUAUGAAGUCCUCAGUGAUCCGAAGAAAAGAGAAGUUUAUGAUCAGUACGGAGAGGAAGGUCUCAAAGGAGGAAAUGGGCCCACUGGUGACGGACAAGGCAGCACCUUCACUUACACCUUCCAUGGAGACCCUCACGCCACCUUUGCCACUUUCUUCGGAGGUUCAAACCCCUUCGAGAUCUUCUUUGGACGUAAAGCCAAUGGACGAGAUGACGAGGAUACGGAGGUGGAUGGAAAUGACCCCUUUGGCUCCUUCACCAGCUUCAACAUAAACGGAUUCCCUCGGGACGGGCACGUCGGGCUUGGAGGUCAGCAGCGGCGGAAGCAGGACCCGGCCAUCAUCCAUGAACUGAGGGUCUCCCUGGAGGAGGUCUUCCACGGCUGCACCAAGAGGAUGAAAAUCUCUCGCAAAAGGCUAAAUCCGGAUGGCAGGACCAUGCGCACUGAGGAUAAGAUUCUCACUAUCGAGAUCAAGCGGGGCUGGAAAGAGGGAACCAAGAUCACAUUCCCGCGGGAGGGAGACGAGUCGCCCAAUACCAUUCCUGCCGACAUUGUUUUCGUCAUCAAGGACAAGCCACACCCUCACUUUAGGCGGGAGGGCUCGAACAUUGUCUAUCCUGUGCGCGUGAGCUUACGACAGUCGUUGUGCGGCUGCUCCGUCACCGUGUCGACGAUAGAUGGGAAGACGUGCAACAUGAAGAUCACGGACGUCAUCAAGCCUGGCAUGAGAAAGACUGUCGCCGGGCAGGGGCUCCCCUUCCCCAAAAACCCCGAGCAGAGGGGGGAUCUGGUGGUGGAGUUUGACGUGAACUUUCCUGACAGUUUGCCCGGAAACGCCAAGGACGUCCUGAAACGGCAUUUACCUACCUAAGACGAAGGACUGGGGGAGAUAACUGCAUGACAGCGCCCGCCCUUGUAAACCAAACACACACACACACACACACACACACACACAUACACACACACACACGUGGGCAGUGCUGACAGUUCAUAUGGACCUCCUACUCACAAAUGUGCAAUUUCUAUUUUUGAGCUAGUGGUGUUUUUAUAAAUACCAUGCAUGCUGCCAAGUUGAUAUAAGUGCAGGUGAGAGACUGUCUGGGCUGUUGAUAGCUGAUAAUUACUCAUUUUAUGUACGUGGGUCUUAGCCACAAUCACUUUACCUUUUUCUCUGUCUGAAAUGUUUGGUAGUAAAUGAGUCUACAGUUGCCAAAAAAAAAAUAUAUAUAUAUAUAUUCCAGUGAUCCUGGGGAAAUUUGCAGUGCCAAACGUUCAUUUUCUUGCUUUAAUUUAGAUUUUACAGGCUUCAUUACUGACAUGUUUCAACUUCUGUUCAUGAUGAUUUUGACAUGACGAGAUACGAGCCUCAGAUCGGAGGCUCUCUUCUAAUUUGUGUACAAAUUGUUGGGAAGGAAAAGCUGCCGAAUGAACUCAGUUGGAUCGUCGUGUGUGCGUUUUAGAAGCUGACACGUGAAGAUACUGAACUUGAAUUUUAAAAUAAAUAAAUAUUCCCACAUGAAGUGGUCUGGAGCUGUUUCGAGUUUGGGGGAGACAACUGACGACACAAAAAGUGCAUCAACAAAUAUCACUCAGGCCUGUUUAUAGGCAUAGCAAUGUUAUACAAAACAAGCUCUUCGGACUUAUAUGUUAAUACUCAAAUGUGAAUAUUUUGUUCUUGGAAAACUUACACAAAUGUCUGCUGUGAACAGAUAUUUAUUUAAAAAAAACUGCCUCGACUGAAUUUAAUGCUUACUAAUGGCAGAACUAUGAAUGUGUAAAUAUAGCUGUCUGGUCUCAGCUGCUGGCUAUCAGCUGCCAACGCAGAGGCCUUUACGUUUUCCCACCAGGGGACGCCACAUCACUCAUCGUGGCUCAGGGGCCCGCAGAGGAGGUGCUCAUGUUAAACAGAGAGGGCCCACUUGGGCUGCUGACGUUCGCGCUCAUUAGCUUUUAAGCUGAGACCAGCAAAGACAGGAUAUAUGAGCUGCUUUUUACAUGGCUGUGACGUGCAUUUAUUACAUAUAUAUUUUAACUUUAACGUUUAUCAAAAUAAGUAUAUUUUUCUUAACACAUACCAAGGUUGGAAAAAUAUCUCUCCAUUACUCUGGCCGUCUGUGUCUUGUUUUAAAACAAAUGUCACUUUAUUUUCUGGACCAAAAAAUAAAUAAAAAAAGAUGGAGACCUCUGGAUGCACAAAAUAUUCCCUUUACCAGCCAAGAUGUGUAUAAACCAAAUGUUAGCGAUUUGUGCAAAUGAUGAGUCACUGUUAUCCAAGGAGGGAGGAGAGUAAACACACCUGCUCCUCUUCUCAAUGUGUGGCUUCGCCGGCCGAAUGUGAACACAAUUGUGGUAUCUGAAAUAGAAAGGAGUUUAAUUACUUCUCCUGUGUUUUUUCGCUGUGCUUCAUCUGGGAUCACGCUUAGCAACGGCACCAUUCAUUGGCUAGAGAUGUAUAAUUUUAAAAACUUUUUUCAUCCUGAUGUUACACUCAGGUCAUGAAAAUGUGAGUGCUGUCUGAAAAGGUCAUUUUUAGAAAUAACCUCUUCGAUGUUUCAUUUUGAGUGCAGACUCUUAGAGAGAGAUUUGCAAUAAAAUACAUACAGUACCCA